GAGCGUGGAGUCCCGCAUCAUCGUUCUCACGAUCUCUUCAUCUCCAUCGCGCUCACGGUUCCUUCUCCUUCCUCCUCCCUGGAAAGCAGGAUCUUCAAGUUGGCCGCAACGAUGUCAACCUUCAGCGGCGAUGAAACCGCCCCCUUCUUUGGGUUCCUUGGCGCAGCGGCGGCCCUCGUUUUCUCAUGCAUGGGAGCGGCGUAUGGAACAGCAAAGAGCGGCGUUGGCGUGGCAUCGAUGGGCGUGAUGCGGCCGGAGCUCGUGAUGAAGUCGAUCGUGCCCGUGGUCAUGGCUGGAGUGCUUGGAAUCUACGGGCUCAUUAUCGCGGUGAUUAUAAGCACUGGGAUCAACCCUAAGGCCAAGUCGUAUUACCUCUUCGACGGGUAUGCCCACCUCUCCUCCGGGCUUGCUUGUGGCCUCGCGGGACUCUCGGCUGGGAUGGCGAUUGGGAUCGUUGGCGAUGCUGGAGUCAGAGCCAACGCACAGCAACCAAAACUGUUUGUAGGGAUGAUUCUCAUCCUCAUCUUUGCCGAAGCUCUUGCCCUCUAUGGCCUUAUUGUUGGGAUCAUCCUUUCUUCUCGCGCUGGUCAAUCUCGAGCCGACUAAGAACACUAGUAUAGCUGGCAAUGUCAUGCCUGCUCUGGUCAUAUAUUUUUGUGAAAAACUACUGCAUGUUUUAUUAUUUUCGUGAUUUUACGCCUUGUUCAACGACUUGUCGGGGACAAGAGCAUGUUGUUGUUCAAAUUCUUAUUUCAUCCUCGAAUAAUUUUGCACUCAUCUGUAGUGAUACUAUAUCA